GGUGAAUACAGCCUGUUGCAUUCUGAUGCUGAUUGCAAAGCUAAUACAAACCAUUGUGUUUGGGCCCCUCCGUGUUAGUGAACGGCAGCAUCUGAAGGAUAAGUUUUGGAACUUCAUCUUCUACAAGUUUAUUUUCAUUUUCGGGGUGUUAAAUGUCCAGACCGUGGACGAAGUCGUCAUGUGGUGCCUCUGGUUUUCGGGACUUGUGUUCCUACAUCUCAUGGUUCAGCUUUGCAAAGACAGGUUUGAAUAUCUCUCUUUUUCUCCCACCACCCCUCUGAACAGCCACAUUCGAGUCCUGACCCUGCUGGUUGUCAUGUUGCUUUCCUGCUGUGGGCUCGCAGUGGUGUGCGGCCUCAUUGGCUACGCGCAUGGAAUGCACACGCUAUCCUUCAUGGCUGCAGAGUCCCUGCUUGUCACCGUAAGAACCGUGCAUGUGAUUUUACGUUACAUCAUCCAUCUCUGGGAUCUGAAUCACGAAGGCACCUGGGAGAGCAAAGGCACCUAUGUUUAUUACACCGAUUUCAUCAUGGAGCUGAUGCUGCUGUCCCUGGAUUUGAUGCAUCACAUUCACAUGCUGCUGUUUGGCAACAUUUGGUUGUCGAUGGCCAGUCUGGUGAUCUUUAUGCAGCUGCGUUACCUGUUCCAUGAAGUUCAGCGCAGACUGCGGCGCCAUAAGAAUUACCUGCGGGUGGUUGGAAACAUGGAAGCAAGGUUUGCAGUGGCGACUCCUGAAGAAUUGGCCUCCAACAACGAUGACUGUGCCAUUUGCUGGGAUUCCAUGCAGGCCGCCCGGAAGCUCCCUUGCGGCCACCUCUUCCAUAACUCCUGCUUGCGCUCCUGGCUCGAGCAAGACACCUCCUGCCCGACCUGCAGGAUGUCUCUGAAUAUUGCAGACAACCAGCAAGCUCCGGAGGACCACCCGAGAGAGAACCUGGAUGAAAACUUGCCCCCCGUGGCAGCAGCUGAAGGAAGACCUCAUCUCAACCAGCACAAUCACUUCUUCCACUUUGACGGGUCUCGCAUUGCUAGCUGGCUCCCAAGCUUUUCAGUCGAGGUGAUGCACACCACCAACCUCCUUGGAAUCGCUCAGGCCAGCAACUCUCAGCUCAAUGCCAUGCGUUCUGACAGUAUCCGACCAGCAUUGAACAAUCCUAUAGAAAGGCAGAAUACCGAUCAAGAAGAUGCUGAAGAGGACAUGGAGACGGAAAGGAUCCCACUUGAGCUCAGCUCAAGGCUGGAAGACACGGCGGAGUUUAAUGAAAUGGAAGCUGAAGCAGUCGAGACAGAGGACUUCGAAGUGAGAGGCAGUCGCUUUUCCAAGUCAGCAGAUGAGAGGCAGCGGAUGCUGCUUCAGAGGAAGGAAGACCUGUUGCAACAAGCACGCAGGCGCUACCUUAACAAAAGCUUCGAUGAUUCCACACCGGACUUUUCCUCCCAGGUGGAAGGCCCAGCCUCCGACUCCAUCACAUUACGACGCAGGAUGUUGGCCGCCGCAGCUGAGCGAAGGUUACAGAAACAGCAUCCAUCCUCCUAACGCUUCUAGUCCGCCGUUCCUUCCCCCACACGCAAACCUCGAUGUUGUCCCGCGGUCUCCUCGCUGGGAUCUCCUCCGAGCUCAGAAAAAAACCCGCAGCUCUGAGAAGCAGGGAUCAGGUUGGGUCGCCUCUCCGCUCUCAAAAAAAAAAAGAAAAAAAAAAAAAGCAUGUGAUCGCUCAUAAGUGUUUGGACGGCUGACCAAUUCACCUUUUCUCUUGGGUUGAUUGGGUUUUUUUUCCAGGUUGAGUUUUUCCUAUCUUUAUUUUUUUUUUUAGGGGGUGCCUAAUUUGUCCACCCAGCCACCCACCCCUCUUCGUGACCCAAGGGACAACUUUCCAAGCUUACUGUGUGUUGCCAGAGGGGGAGGAGGAACAGGGGGAGGACAUGUGCUUGUGGACAGUGUGCGUGAAAGUGUCCCUUGCCGA